UGCAGGCAGCGCGGGUCAGGGAACGACGAAGUAGCUCAGCCCGCCGCUGCUGGGAGUGCUUUCGUAGCUCCUGGAAGUGUUGCCGCCUCGCGGUUCCUCGCUCGCUGCGCUCCUAGAAGGGGCGGCCGUCUCCAGGACUGAUCAGGGCCAAGUGGCGCUCGGUGGGCACUACAUGGCGGAGGGCGAAGGGUACUUUGCCAUGGCCGAGGACGAGCUGGCUGGCAGCCCCUACAUCCCCCUAGGCAGCGACUUUGGCGGCGGUGACUUUGGUGGCGGCGGCAGCUUCGGCGGGCACUGCUUGGACUAUUGCGAAAGCCCUACGACGCACUGCAACGUGCUGAACUGGGAGCAAGUGCAGCGGCUGGACGGCAUCCUGAGCGAGACCAUCCCGAUCCACGGGCGCGGCAACUUCCCCACGCUCGAGCUGCAGCCGAGCCUGAUCGUGAAGGUGGUGCGGCGGCGCCUGGCCGAGAAGCGCAUUGGCGUCCGCGACGUGCGCCUCAAUGGCUCGGCCGCCAGCCACGUCCUGCACCAGGACAGCGGCCUGGGCUACAAGGACCUGGACCUCAUCUUCUGCGCUGACCUGCGCGGGGAAGAGGAGUUUCAGACUGUGAAGGACGUCGUGCUGGAUUGCCUGUUGGACUUCUUACCCGAAGGAGUGAAUAAGGAGAAGAUCACGCCACUCACGCUCAAGGAAGCUUAUGUGCAGAAAAUGGUUAAAGUCUGCAAUGACUCUGACCGAUGGAGUCUUAUAUCCUUGUCAAACAACAGUGGCAAAAAUGUGGAACUGAAAUUCGUGGAUUCCCUCCGGAGGCAGUUUGAAUUCAGUGUAGAUUCUUUUCAAAUCAAAUUAGACUCUCUUCUCCUCUUUUACGAAUGUUCAGAGAACCCAAUGACUGAAACAUUUCACCCCACAAUAAUCGGUGAGAGCGUCUAUGGUGAUUUCCAUGAAGCCUUUGAUCAUCUUUGUAAUAAAAUCAUUGCCACCAGGAACCCAGAGGAGAUCAGAGGGGGAGGCCUACUUAAGUACUGCAACCUCUUAGUGAGGGGCUUUAGGCCUGCAUCUGAUGAGAUCAAGACCCUCCAGAGGUACAUGUGUUCCAGGUUUUUCAUCGACUUCUCAGACAUUGGAGAGCAGCAGAGAAAACUGGAGUCCUAUUUGCAGAACCACUUCGUGGGAUUGGAAGACCGCAAGUAUGACUAUCUCAUGACCCUUCAUGGAGUGGUGAAUGAGAGUACAGUGUGCCUGAUGGGACAUGAAAGAAGACAGACUUUAAACCUUAUCACCAUGCUGGCUAUCCGGGUGCUAGCUGACCAAAAUGUCAUCCCUAAUGUGGCUAAUGUCACUUGCUAUUACCAGCCAGCCCCAUACGUAGCAGAUGCCAACUUUAGCAACUACUACAUUGCCCAGGUUCAGCCAGUUUUCACAUGCCAGCAGCAGACAUACUCCACUUGGCUACCUUGCAAUUAAGAAUCAUUUUUAAAUGUCCUGUGGGGAAGCCAUUUCAGACAAGAUAGGGAAAAAAAAAAAAAAGAAAAAGAAAACAAAUAAGGAGUGAUCCAGCCCUGAUUAGGGAUAUGUUUUGUGCAAUGAUGAUAUGCUCCUGAUUUUAAGCUUAACAAAGCUUAUGGAUCUUUGAUUGGUAUGGGAGCAUGACCUCAAACUGAUCACCCUCCUUAACUGUCCCCUUAUACUCUUGUCCAAUUGGAUUCUAUCUUGAAACAAAAGAGACCUGUCAUUAAAAGCAACCAGGUUCUCCUAAGAUAACAAGGGAAAAAAAUACUUGAUGACAAUAUGGGUUUGCAGCAACUGCUCCCAUAGCUUUGCCAUAGGGGAGAAAAAUGCUAGAGAAACUUUUAAAGAUGGAAUUCACAAAAGGGAAAACACAGAGAGAAAAAAGGUUGCUUACCCCACCUUUUUUAUCAGUUCAGGAGUUUGAACAGUAACAGCCCCAGCACUGGGAUUACUAUCUGAGGCUUAUAGCAAGUGCUUUCUGUGCAAUGAUCCUGUUGUGCUAACAGAAACGGCUUGCUCCGAAUGAACAGUAGUAAGUUGGUACAGUUCUCAUAACAAACAGCAGACUUUAGGAUGACACAAUUCAUUAAUUCCAGCUGUGUGCAUAGCUCGCAUUUUUAAAAUGUGAAAAUGCAAGCAAAAACAGCUGUAGCAAAGAAACUAUGCUCAAGGACCAAAGAUUUCACAGAUAAAAAUUCCCAAGUACAAGAGAUAUAGUAGAAUAUAUACAGAGUUACUAUAUUUGUUACAUACCAAUAUACAUCAAAGUGCCUGUUGCUUUCUGAAAAAUUUGAAGUGGAAGAUUAUUUUAUGGUUUAAUGAUUAUUUUAUUUUAUCAGGGACUCAAGAAGAAAAAAAACAACACAUAAGCUUGUGAAUGGUAGAGGAAAUGCCCUAUUUUUUCUUAGCAGAUACCUGUAUAGAGUUGACAUUGUUGGUGUGAUGUUGUUAUAAUUACGUGUGUGUAUGUUAUGUGUGUGUAGAAAUGUACGUUAUAUGUAUUAUAUGUACGUAUUAUAUGUACAUUUCUACACACACUACCUAUGAUCUAAAAUAGUGUAUCAAAUAGGACAUGUUUAAAAACUGUGUGCUUUUAUGUUUUCAAUAGGAAUAUAUGAGACGUGGGCAUAUUGCAAUGAUGGAUUAAAACCCACAUCUGAAAAAAGCAAAUGAAGGAGGGAAACAAGUAAUAUAUUUGAUAGAAAGAGCAGAGAUUAUACAUUUUUAGUGAAUUUUUUUUCCUUUUUCUGUGAGCCAGAGAAUUCCACAAACGGGAGAAUAUGUGUUUGGUAGAACACUUUUAUUUUAUAUUGAACUGCUAUGUUGACAGUUUGAGCCCAUUAAAAAAAUAAUUGCAUGCUGCCAUGGUGUAUGAUCUCAUGGAUGGUUGAUCGAUGAUAGGCUACUUAAAUCCCUAACUGCUAAAAAGAAUUUCUGGUGAUCUGAACACUACUUAUUAAUAUUCAAAUGAAUUUAUAAAUGAAUGCAUUCUGCAUUUCUGGACCACUAGAAUUUAGUAAAAUGUGAAAUGACCCUUUUUAAAGAGUAUUUGCACAAUUGCAUAAAGUUUAUAUAUGAGAUAUAUAUUAUAUAUAACGUUUUAUAAAUUUAUGCCAAUAUGAAACAUCUUUGAUCUGGUUGCCACACUGCAUUUAAGUAUUUAGUACUGUACUUUAAAUUAAAUCACUUUGCAUUAAAUCAAAUCCAACUUUAUUUCCUCUUUUUCAAGAGACUAUUUAUACCCUUGUGAAAUGAACUAACAUUUACUAUUUCAGUUCGAUGACAGCUAAUCCUAAAACCACCCCUUCUAUCAGCCCUCUAGUCUCUGGGCUCUGAAAAUAGGUUUCUUAAAAACAAAACUAACACACAUAAAAAACCUUGCCUUUGUGUUGUGAAACAACUACAUAAUCCCCAUCAACCAUAGUGGAUAACUGCUAACUAGUCCUCUGAAGACCCACCCAGAAGAGUUUUGUCAUCAAAUAGAGGGACAGAGAAGAAAAUAGCAUCCUCCAAUUGGCAGUGUAAUUUGUUUGUUUGUUAUCUGGGCAUCUCUCAGAUGUUCAAUGCUGGAUAAGUCCAGGUUGAUCUGUCUGGACUACUUUUUGUGCAUCUUUCUUUGAAGCCUUAACAGGAACCAGAUGGGUGUGCUGUAGCAGCUUCCCUGUGAAUUCCCUCAAAGCUGUCACAGCCCCUGCACUGCCACUCACUGUUUUCUAGGGAACUAGGGAACUCUUCCCACUCCCAUGUUGGCUCAGUCUCCUUCACUCCAGCUCUGGGUUUGAAAACUUAAUUGCAAAGUCCCAGGAAGCAUUAUUCAACUUGCAGAUUAAUCCUGGCACUCAACUGUCAGAAACCAGAGCUCCACCUGCUUGGCUGUUUGGAAUUUUUCUAAAAGAAAACUAAGGAAUGCUUGGGAACAGAGGAGCGGCUGGUAAUUUGCUUUCUUCUUAUCCCAACUCUUGACAAACGAGUUGUCUACUAUUUUGAAGAGUUGGGAAAUCUCUGGCUCUGCCAUAGCAGCAACCUGCUGUUAAUUCAUGACACAGGUUUUUGUUUGAAGGAGCCUUAUCUGAAAAUAUACUUUUCAUUUAUUUUCUCAAAUAUUUACAUCCUCUUCUUGCUUAUUUCAGGAUUGGUAGCUUAGUUGAAAGUGCCAGCACCUGGCAUUCAGAUAGAACAGGCUGUACUCAACACAACUUUCAGCAUUUACUUUAAGACUUAUAUAAUUUAUUUCUAUUUUAUGUGUACUAUAGUCUUGUGCAUAUGUAGUUGAACACAUGGUGUCUCUCUCUGUGGAUGUGUGGCCUAAAAAUUUGAAUGUCUGGUAAGAGAGAGCCAUUUGUAUAGGUCAGAGAAGAGAACAGCUCUCAACUCCUGAUUAGUGCCUGUGAUUUGUUUGCUUUUGUGCUUAUCUGCCCUAGUGUGCUGUUACUUUGAAACAGGAAGAAGUUUUGUCUUCUCGAGGCUCUUCUCACCUGUCCAGUCUGGCAUGUCAGGGAACCUUUAGCCUGUGGCAAUGCCUUUUUAAAAAGUUUACUUCACCUAAAGUAAAUCCAACUACUUAAAGAACUCCUACACCAAAAUGGACUUUUCCCUUGCAGAAGUGGGAUCAAGUACCUGCUCAGUUUGGUAUUGGGUGUACUAUUUUUACAGGGGUCCAAAAACGUACAAGGAUGGCAAAUUAUCUGUAAUCCAAGCCAAGAAGGAAAUGAAAUGAAAAGUGAGCGUACUGUUUUUACCACCCCUUUCUGUUUGCUUAUUGUUGGUUGCUUUACUGUGCAUAAAGUUGUUUCCAGUGCAAUGCUUGUUAAAUAAAUAUUGUGAACUAUUUUGUAAAUGAAGUGUAUUAUGUUGAAAGCUGUCAGCAGCUGUCAAAAAUAAGCUUUUUUGUUGUUGAAGACAAAGUGUGUUAGAUGAAACCAAAAAGCCAAAAAAAGUGAUUUCAUAUAUAGCACCUGUUUGAAUAUAAUCUUUCUUUAAAUUUUCUUUUAGCAUAGCCUUUUCAGUGCUAAGAAAGAAUCUCUAUGUAAUAGUUUGUUGUAAUAAUAGCUUGCUAACAAAAUAAGUGGUAAAAGUACAAAGUGGGAAGAUGUGGAGGUAAUGUGGUGAAACUUCUGCAGACCUUUGCAGAUGGAGGAGGCUCUGCCCGCUGGCUGUUCUCCCUCCCACCUCUCCACAACCAUUGCCUACUCUGAGGCAUCCUACUACAGCAAGCUGCACCUGGGGUCACUCUUUUGGAAUAUUUUUGACUGUAGUGUGUCAUAGGCAGAAAAGGAAUUGAUGGAAAAUGGACUCUUAAAAACUGACAUGUUUAAAUCAGUGCUAGCAGGAACAGAUUGUGAAUUUUGUUUACAGCAUCCAAUAUUUGGAUUUUUUUUUGUAAAUAAAAAGAAGAUAUUUUUUUCUA